AUGUUGCCCUACGUAGACCUGUUGUUUGAUUACCCUGCUCGGCUUACAGGCGCGUCAGUGGAUGAACUCAAACUGAUCGCUUCAUUCCUUCUAUCCUAUCCUCUGGCAGCUUUACUGAAACGGAUCCCCGACGCUCAACCCUGGAAAAAAAAUGCAUUCAUCAUUGGAGCUUCUCUUUUCUACAUGAUAGGUCUUUUUGACCUGUGGGAUGGUCUUCGCACUCUUCUAUAUAGUGCAUUUGGCACUUAUGCCAUUGUAUACUAUGUGGACGGGUCCUUGAUGCCCUGGUUCGGCUUCGUCUUCCUCAUGGGCCACAUGUCGGUGAGCCACAUAUACCGUCAGAUCGAGAAUGACCCACAGGCAGUCGAUGUUACUGGUGCCCAGAUGGUACUGGUCAUGAAACUUUCCUCCUUCUGUUGGAACAUUCAUGACGGCCGCCUGCCCCAGGAUCAGCUGUCUGAUGCACAGAAGUACUCUGCCAUCACCGAGUUCCCCAGCAUCUUCAACUACCUUGGCUACGUCUUCUUCUUCCCAUCUCUCUUUGCCGGUCCUUCUUUUGAAUAUGUCGACUACCGCCGGUGGCUUGAUACAACUCUAUUCGAAAUUCCUCCAGGCACCGAUCCAUCCAAGGUUCCCCCUACACGCAAGAAGCGCAAGAUUCCUCGCAGCGGUACUCCAGCUGUCAAGAAACUCGUGAUAGGACUAGUCUGGAUCUUUGUCUUCCUUCAAUUGGGCUCAUUAUUCACUCGAGAGGUUGUGCUUUCUGACGCCUUCCUGGAAUUUGGGUUCCCGCGCCGCGUUUGGACUGUGUACAUGCUCGGGUUUGCCAAUCGUUUCAAAUACUAUGGUGUGUGGUCUCUAACAGAGGGCGCCUGUAUUUUGUCUGGCAUGGGUUACAAUGGGUUUGACGAGAAGUCGGGCAAGGUCUUCUGGAACCGCUUGGAGAAUGUUGAUCCCUGGGGAUUGGAAACGGCUCAAAACUCGCAUGGCUACCUGAACAGCUGGAAUAAAAAUACCAACCACUGGCUGCGGAACUAUAUUUACCUCCGUGUCACUCCGAAGGGCAAAAAGCCCGGCUUUCGCGCGAGUAUGGCUACGUUUGCGACAAGUGCCCUCUGGCACGGCUUCUAUCCUGGUUACUACCUGACUUUUGUACUAGGAUCGUUCAUUCAGACUGCAGCAAAAAACUUCCGACGUUACGUCCGCCCCUUCUUUCUCACUCCGGAUGGUAGCCGCCCCACACCGUACAAGCCAUACUACGACAUUGCUAGUUGGCUGGCAACCCAGCUAACCCUGGGUUUCGCUGUCAUCCCAUUCCUAAUCCUCACAUUCGACAACUCAAUAACCGUGUGGAGCCGUGUGUACUUCUACGGUAUCAUUUCCGUCCUCGGCUCAUUGGUUGUGUUCGCGUCUCCAGUGAAAGCCCAUCUAGUAGCUCGCCUGAAACGCCGUAACAGACCCCAUGCGCCACGUACGAUGAGCCAGGAAACAGUACGACCACCUUCUCUUGGUCUACCCAAUGAUCCAGAACGUGACUUUGACGAGGCCGUUCAGGAAAUUAAGGGAGAGAUUGAGUCACGGCGGCGAAGCGGUAGUAUUGUGACCAUGCCCACUGGCAAGGAAUUGAAGACCGCAGUUGAGCAGAAGAUAGGUCGAAAACUCUAA